UAAUUAUACACAUGUAGCGCACAGGAACCCACGCAUUCAUUCGGCUGUCAAUCUGGAAACCGCACUGGACACCCAGCAUCCGUUCCCGCGUAUAGAACUCCUGCUUGCCAUACACAGAGAUGUCGCAAAACGAGGUGAAGGCUGAGUGGAAGACGCUCUAUCAUGCCGGUAAAGACAAUGCCCAGACCACGAGGAGAAAGCUAAUGAAAAAGAUUAAAAAACUGGAUGAAGAGGCUAAGCAGUAUCUGUACGAGAAAGCGGUUGCGCUGUUUAAAGAAAAUCGCCAUGUAGAAGAAGCAGCUGCCGCCGUACAUCGCACUGUGCUACAGUCCAUUGAUGAAUGCACCCGUGAACUCCGUGAAGUCCAGCUAGGGCUGAAUGAAUUAAGGGAAGCGGCGUCCAGAGCCCUAGCGCAAACCACGAAGCCGAAGAAGUCAAGAGACUUGUUGCUCACUGUCCUGCGUAAGCGAACGGAACACCGAGAGCUGUACCGUCGGUCAGUGGAACGAGAACCGGAUCCGUUGAUCCGGAAGGCAGGACAGAAACCGGCGAAGAAAAAGAAGAAGGUGGACAUCCUUGAUAUAUUCCAGCCAGACACUUUAAUAUGGAUUCCGAUUUGGACGACAAAGAACUGGGCAAA